UCUUGUCGCAAGGGAGCGCUGAGAGAUUGCAAGGUCGGUGGAGGAGGAGGAAGAGGAGGAGGUGGUGGUGGUGGUGGUGGACGAUGCAGCCACCGCGGCCGGAGGGCCGCGCUAUGACGUUCGACGAAGUCUCCAUGGAGAGGAGCAAGAGCUUUGUCAAGGCUUUACAGGAACUCAAGAACUUGAGACCUCAACUUUAUUCUGCUGCUGAGUAUUGCGAAAGGUCUUAUCUUAACAGCGAGCAGAAACAGAUGGUAUUGGAUAACCUAAAAGACUAUGCUGUUCGCGCCCUUGUCAAUGCAGUUGAUCACCUUGGCACUGUUGCAUUUAAACUGACAGACCUGUUUGAACAACAAAUGUUUGACGCAUCAACCGUGGAGACGAGAAUUUCAUGUUUGAGCCAGCAAUCGUUGACGUGCCAUGCUUAUGUGGAUAAAGAAGGUUGUAGCCAGCAUCAGUUGUCUGCAAGAACUUUGAGGCAUUAUAAGCAUUACACUUUGCCAAGUCUUCCGGAUAAAAAUGUGAAAAGCAGUAUGCAAUUGCCACCGAAAAGCGAAGUAAAUGCUUUUCAAGCAAAAACCAGUGUUCGGUCCUCAAGAAAAUCUGCAUCCAAAACUCUUUCCUGGCAUUUAGCUACAGAAGUUAAUUCUACAUCAAGUGGAAUCUCUAGCUCAUCGUCAUGCAUUGGAGAUCCCAGGACUUCUAAAAUAAAUCCUGAAGUUUUCCAUCUUUUAGUCCCUGAAGAACCCACUGCAUCACUCACCUUGCCAAGUACGAACCAUCUCCUGGCAGCUAAUGGCAGGGCAACUUCAGAUAAAACCUCUAACAAAUUUGGCUUGGUGAGUUCUAAUGAGGCAUCGAAACCUGCCCCAGUCAUGAAACCCCUUCACGGUCCUGGCACACUUCAGAUUUAUAGGCAUCGAACAACUCGCGGCCAAAGCUUGCUCUCAGUAAUUUUCUCCAAACCAAAAAUAUUGAAAUCAAGAAACAUUUCAGUCUCUUGAUGUUGUUAUUGCUCCAACGUUAUCUUUUGUUCAAGCUCUUUAUCUUGAUGAAGCACUCAGUAAAUUACUAAUUGAUGUGUCCGUUAUUGUUGUUUAUCUCAAGUCGAUUGUAUAAUCUUUCCUUCUC